AUGGCUCUCUUUCCUAGGCAGGCACCCAACAUACCUGCUUUGACGCCAGAGUACCUCGAUUUCAACACCUCUCCCCACCUUCUCUCGGUUUCAGGAGGUUUAACAGCAUUGGCUCUCCUUGUUUUUCUACUCCGCGCCUAUGUUCGAACAGUGAUGCUGAGAGUCUUCGGGGUCGAUGACGCCCUUAUGCUGGUCGCAAUUAUCCUUGCGGUCACUGUAUUUGCUCUCUUCGUCCAAGGAACACACUAUGGAAUCGGCAAACAUAUAUUUGCAAUAUCUCCUCAGCAAUUUAGUUCUGUAUUUUAUCUGCUCUUUUGGCAAGGGCUUCUCGUGGUCUCCGCCGUCAGCUUUGUCAAGCUGUCAAUUGCAUUCUUUCUGCUCCGCCUCGCCCAGCGGACACAAUAUAGACGUUUCCUGUACGGUGUGGUCGUAUUUCUGAUCCUCUUCACGUUUGUCUCUUGUGGGCCAAUAAUUUUCCAAUACAGGCCAGUUGCAGCAGCAUGGAACUUCUCCCUUCGGCCACCACCACUUGGAACCGGAACAGGAAAAUGUAUGGACAUAAAUGUCUUUGGCAAAAUUGGCGUUUUCAACAGCUCCAUCAACGCCUUCACUGAUGUACUCUUCGCCGCGCUCCCAAUCCCGAUGAUCUGGACAUUGAAAAUCAACUUUCGGACUAAAACGUCACUUAUCGGAAUAUUAAGUCUCGGUUUCUUAGCUUGUUUCGCAGCUAUCUACAAGACACCACUACAGUACCAUUUCUUUGAGGACACGGAUCCUACUGGCCACGGGGCAUGGUUUUGGGUCUGGCAAAUAAUCGAGCUCACACUUGGCAUAAUUUCUGCCUCCCUCCCAUCCCUCAAGCCUCUCUUCAACUGGUUCCUGGAAACAGCCAAAGCGUUCACAACCAACUCCCGCUCGCGCACUGGGACGCAGAACUCGGGAUUCAAACGUAAUUCCUCGCUCAACUAUUUCAAGUCAGACACCUUCAAGUCCAAAAACGAUGGUGCCUUUGAACUCGCUAGCGUCACUGCGAGUGAGAGGACGGAAAAUGGCGGUACGGGUAGGGGGAGAGAUAUGUACAGUGUGAAGGUGACUGGGGAGGGAUGGGAUGCAGAGAAGGGUCGGUACGAGAGCGACGAGGCUAUCUUGCCUAUCCAGGGCGGGGAUGGCAAUGAGAUCAUGGUUACGAAAAGUGUCGUUGUACUGUGAGCAAAGGAAAUCCUGUUUUCUUUUGUAAUGAUGAUAUGACGAUACUUUCCCAACUCGCGACGUCGAACCCAUGUGUAGCAUACGGUUGAGAACAUAGUUAGGCCAGAACGCCGUAUGAUGCCACCUCCC